UUUAUUAUUAAAUUAUGAGGAUGAAAAUAAUAAAGAGGAUAAUAAUGAAGUUUUACCAAAAAAUGAAGAAAUGGCAUUUGGAAAUGAAGCUGUAAAGAAGGAAAAGUUGAAAGAAAAAGUAAAUACAAGUGAAAAUGAGGAAAUGAAAAAUAAUUGUGAAGAUACUGAAUUGAGAGAUAUUGUCGAGAAAGCAUUAAUAUCAACAAAAUUAGACAAUUUGGAAGCAGCCCGUAAUAUUGAAAGUAAUUCAGCGGCCAAAUUUGGUGGACGUUUUAACUCAAUUGUUUCGAAUAGUGAAUUUGCUUAUGUUAAUUGGUAUGGAAAGAGAAAUUGUCAAUUAAGAGUUGGAAGUAGACAUUCUUUGACUUGGGAAGAUUAAAAUGAAAGACUUAAAAUUAUUUUUUGUUUUUUAUAUUAUGCUCGGACUUCAUUUUACAUAUACUUUCGGGGUUGAAAAAAUCGUACCUUAUAAUGAGAUUUAUAUUAACUUGGAGGUAUUGUUUAGGCAGGUCCCCUACCUAGUGGCCACCGAAGUUUUAGAAGCGUAUC